AUGAAUAAUAUCCGCCAAAUUCAAGCGCUCAACAAGCGCGAGCUUGAAAAUGCCAUAUCCCCGGAAGCUUCCUGGCACGCCGACUACAGAGACACCGCUUACAUAUACAUCGGUGGACUACCAUACGAUUUAUCCGAGGGUGAUAUUAUAACCAUCUUUUCGCAAUACGGCGAGCCCGUGCACAUUAACUUGGUGCGCGACAAAGAGACCGGAAAGAGUCGAGGCUUUUGCUUUCUGAAAUACGAGGAUCAACGCAGUACAGAUCUCGCUGUCGACAAUCUUGGUGGGGCAACAGUUCUGGGAAGAGUGCUGCGUGUGGACCACGUGAGGUACAAGCGGCGCGAUGACGAGGAGGAAACAGACAAUGUCGCAAAGCUCAUGGGCGAUACGACCAGCAAGGAUCAUGAUGACAGAGAUACAGAUGAUGAGCGGAGAAGACGGAGGAAGAGAAGGGGAAGCGAAUCAAGGGAAGAGGAGCCCGCGAGACGGCCUCUGCUUAAGGAGGAGAUCGAGCUACAGGAGCUGAUUAAGAAUCACGACGAGGAAGAUCCAAUGAAGGAAUUUCUUAUCGAAGAGAAGAAGGAGGAGGUCGCACUCGCUUUGGAAAAGAUGCGCAGCAGCGAGAGAUCAUCUCGGAGACGUGACAGCCGUGAGAGAUCAAGCCGCCAUCACCGUUCUCACCGCCGGAGACACGACGACGACCGAGAUUCGGAGAGAAGACACAGAGAUCGGUCGCCCAGAAGGGAAGAGCGAUCACAUAGAGCGAGGUCUCCUUCUAGAAGGGAGAGGUCCGACAGAGACAGGUCGCCGGUCGCGUCGCGAUCCCCCGACUCCCGACGCUACAGAGAUAGACAUGAUCGACACCGUUAAAUGUCU